AUCGAAAUGUUAGCUAUCUAGCUAGCUAGCUAGCUAAGUGGCUAAAAACUAACGAUGCAACGAAACACCCCCAACCAACUUCCCUCUCCUCCCGCCUCCUUCUCUAUGAUUGGCUAGUUCUACUCGGAAUAUGUACUCUCAACCAAUUAACUGCGGCCAGCCGACAACACUACCCAAUCCCAGCACAGCAGGCGGGAUUUGCCAGCGACCUAGCUAUAUGAGCUUAGCUGCUAUUCCAGUACUAUCUAUAUAAGAAAUGGAUUAUUAGCCACCAUGCUAAAUAAUAUCUAGUGGAGAACGAGUCCGUCUUCAUCGCUCGAGACGUCUCGCCAUCGUCUUCGCCGCUGCUGUCGGACGUGGACAUGAAGGAGGUUUUUUCCGUCGAAUGACUGGGAGGAAGCCAUGCGGAGUCGAAGUGGACGUUCAGCGCUGGCCGAUCGGAUUCAGUAGCAGGAAGCGUGUGUGUGUGUGCGCGCGUGUGUGUGUAUAUGUGAGCGUGUGAGUGAGGGAGUGAAUGUGUAUGUAUGCGUGCGCAUGCUAGCACAAGCUGCCUCAGUCAGGCAGUAAUGUGCUCCACACCCCAAAAAGGGGAGCCGUAAAGGAUUACCGAGACGUGUGCACGCCAUUCUGGAUUGAUUUUGUGUACAGAUUUAUAUCUCUGACCCCACCCUCUUCAUAACCCCCCCCCCCCCCCCGGCCUUUGUUUUGACGCCUCUCUGCUUUGCAUGGCCGGCGAGUAACCGUGGAGAGGCCAGGGUACCACAAGCUUAUGGAUUUUGAUAAGAGAGGUGGGAGGGCAGACGCCGACGAGGGAAGGAGGAUGUCCAAACCAGGCGGGGGGAGGCCUGGGCACAGUAGCCGGGGCACGGGCGGGAACUCUGGCGUCCUGAUGGUCGGACCCAACUUCCGCGUGGGGAAGAAGAUUGGCUGCGGGAAUUUCGGAGAGCUGCGGCUUGGCAAGAACCUCUACACCAACGAAUACGUGGCAAUUAAACUGGAACCGAUUAAGUCCAGGGCACCGCAGCUUCACUUGGAGUACAGAUUUUAUAAACAGUUGGGAAGCUCAGAAGGGAUUCCUCAGGUGUUUUAUUUCGGGCCGUGCGGGAAGUACAACGCCAUGGUCCUGGAGCUUCUCGGCCCCAGCCUGGAAGAUCUGUUCGACCUCUGCGACCGCACUUUCUCCCUGAAGACCGUCCUCAUGAUAGCCAUACAGCUGAUCACGCGCAUGGAGUACGUCCACACCAGGAGCUUGAUAUAUCGAGACGUGAAGCCGGAGAACUUCCUGGUUGGGCGGCCGGGCAGUAAGCGGCAGCACACAAUCCACAUCAUCGACUUUGGGCUUGCCAAAGAGUACAUCGACCCAGAGACCAAAAAACACAUCCCGUACCGGGAACACAAGAGCCUCACGGGCACGGCCCGCUACAUGAGCAUCAACACGCACCUGGGCAAAGAGCAAAGCAGGCGAGACGAUCUGGAAGCACUGGGACACAUGUUCAUGUACUUUUUACGAGGCAGCUUGCCCUGGCAGGGGUUAAAGGCCGACACGCUGAAGGAGCGCUAUCAGAAAAUCGGAGACACCAAGCGAGCGACACCGAUCGAAGUGCUCUGCGAGAGUUUCCCAGAGGAGUUAGCGACGUACCUGCGCUACGUCCGGAGGCUGGACUUCUUCGAGAAGCCUGACUACGAGUACCUGAGGAAGCUCUUCACUGACCUGUUUGACCGAAACGGCUACAUCUUUGAUUAUGAGUACGACUGGGUUGGCAAGCCUCUUCCCACACCCAUCGGCCCCAUCCCCAGUGAUACGCCGCAACCGAGCAACCGGGACAAAGCACAGCAGCAGACCAAAGCCCAGUCGCCCGAGCCCAAACGGAGCGAGUCCCAGCCCACUCCCGUCAAUAAGGAGCCGCUGGGGUCACAUCUCACAGCUGAGGGGCUGGGGGGCUCAGUUCAGAUAAUGAGCUCGACCAAUGGAGAGCUGAACACGGACGACCCGACCGCAGGACACUCCAACGCCCCGAUCACAGCCCCCACAGAGGUGGAGGUGGCAGACGACACAAAGUGCUGCUGUUUCUUCAAGCGGAGAAAGAGGAAAACCCUCCAGAGACACAAGUGAACCGCGCACUCGGAGGAGUUGGAACCCAACUCUGGGAGAACUUGAACCGUUCGGAUCACUGUCGAGUUUUAAACGGAAGCGAACACACUGCUCACGCCCUCCUCCCUCCCUCUUUCAGCUUCCCUUCUUUUCUCCACUUUGUUUUUCUUUCUCCACCCGGUGUUCAUCACUCGAAACCCUGCACCGACGCUCCUCUUCUGUCCGAGCCGUAAAACGAAACGUCGCUGACUUCGCAAGACUCUCUCUUUUCUUUUUUUUUUUUUUUUUUUUCCCCCCCUCUCCCUUUGGAAGUAUACAGAAAAUAAUAGAACGUGUAAAGAAAAAAAAGAAAGUACUCCCACUUUAAGUGGUGAUGGCGAACUGUAUAAAAACUAACGAGGAUGAAUGAGCGCCGUGACGUGAAAUUGAAAACGUGAUGCUGUCGUUGUAAUCUAGAUUCCACGCCGAACAUUGUGUCAUUCAGUGGCCGUUGAUCCGAGGACCCGAUCUAGAUGGGAUGGGAUCGUUUUGAGGUUUUUCCUUAGCUGUAGAUUUUUGUUUCAAAUCCGAGGGCAAAUCCUGCGAAAGGAAGAAAGAUUUGGUUCAUCUCAAGCAUACGAUUUUUGUUUUUUAAUUAUAAUUAUUAUAAAAAAAAAAUUUUUUUGUUAUUGUUCUAAAAAUCUUUGGCCACUUUUGGAGCUGAAUAACUGGGUUGAAAGGAAAUCUUCACGUUUUAUGUUGUAGUGACCUGGAAUUUCUUUUAUUGUUGGUUUUUCUUUGCGCGUGUGUGUGUGUGUGUGUGUGUGUGUGUGUGUGUGGUUGGUUUUUUUUUUUUGUUUGUUUUGUUUAGUUUUUUUUGUGUUUUUUUUUUUUGUUUUGUUUGUUUUUGUUCUAUUGAUAUGGACUCCGUAGCACAGUGACUGGUCUCAGGUACUGUGGAUCAUGAGGAGAGGAAUCAAUUGUAAGCUCUCUGCUUAUUAUUGCACUUUUGAGAGGCAAAAAGACAAGACAAAAGAGAGAAGAUGAAAUCUAACAGACUGCCCCCCCCCCCCUUUAAGGACGGACGGACCCCUACACGUGAAGGCGUGGGCCGGAAUUCCCAGGCGAGACGAACACCCCCUCCUCUUUUAUGUUUCACGUUAGAGUUAUUUACCAGGAAAUCAUAGUUUGUGCCUUUCCAAGUAAAAAUGUUUAAAGUUAAA